UCUAAUUCCUCCAUUUUUUUUGUAUAUAUAUAUAUAUAUAUAUGGAGUCGAGUUCUUCAUCUUCUUCUGUUGCAGCUUCGGCUCAUCAUCAUCAUCAGGAAUUAGUUACUAAUAAUAUAAAAGGAAUCCCGACACAUGGGGGACGUUAUGUGCAGUAUAAUGUCCAUGGAAAUCUUUUCGAAGUUCCUAGAAAGUAUGUUCCUCCCAUUCGUCCUGUAGGAAGAGGCGCCAAUGGCAUCAUUUGCGCUGCACUAAAUUCUGAGACACGGGAAGAAGUCGCAAUUAAGAAGAUUGGAAACGCAUUCGAUAACAAAAUAGAUGCCAAAAGAACUCUCCGAGAAAUAAAGCUUCUUUGUCACAUGAAACAUGACAAUGUCAUUGCGAUCAAAGACAUAAUACGACCUCCAGAAAGGGAAAACUUCAACGAUGUUUACAUUGUUUAUGAGUUGAUGGACACCGAUCUACAACAUAUUAUUCAUUCGAACCAAUCCUUGAGCGAUGAUCAUUGUAGGUACUUCCUUUAUCAAAUAUUAAGGGGACUAAAAUAUGUGCAUUCAGCACAUGUCUUACAUCGAGAUUUAAAACCGAGCAAUUUGCUGAUCAAUGUGAAUUGUAGCUUGAAGAUUGGAGACUUUGGUUUGGCAAGAAUAACAUCUGAAACAGACUUCAUGACAGAGUAUGUUGUUACUCGUUGGUAUCGAGCUCCUGAAUUGCUCCUUAAUUGUUCCGAGUACACUGCAGCCAUCGAUAUUUGGUCGGUUGGUUGCAUAUUUGGCGAAAUUAUGACCAAUCAACCGCUUUUCCCUGGCAAAGAUUAUGUUCAUCAACUCAAACUCAUAACUGAGCUUAUAGGCUCUCCAGAUGAUGCGAGUCUUGGAUUUCUUCGAAGCAAUAAUGCUCGAAGAUAUGUUAGACAACUUCCUCAAUAUCCAAAGCAACAAAUUUCUUCCAAGUUUCCGAGUAAGCCUCCAGGAGCCGUCGAUUUAUUGGAAAAAAUGCUUGUCUUUGAUCCUAAUAGACGCAUAACGGUUGACGAGGCACUCUGUCACCCUUAUUUGGCAUCUCUCCAUUCAGUAAACGAGGAGCCUGUUUGCCCGAGGCCAUUCUGUGUCGAUUUUGAGCAGCCAUGUUUGACAGAGGAGAACAUCAAGGAACUCAUUUGGAAGGAGUCUGUAAGGUUCAAUCCAGACCCUCUUGUUCAUUGAGGAAUAUGAUCAUAUAUUACAUUCAAAUUCAAUGAUUUGAAUGAGAAUAAAUUAAUGUAGAAAAUCAAAAAGAAAAAAAAUAUAUAAAUUAUGUUGUACUAUCCUAAUUACCUGAACCAGCAUGUUGUGGUUUGAAACUCAAUCGAUGUUGUUUAAUUUAUGCAUAUGAUUCAUUCCUUCUGAUAAGGCUAUGAAUUGAAUACAAUCACUUUGAUAUCUUCA